GACCGCAUCUUUCACGCCUCACGCAGCAAUGUUUCCUACGCGAGCCCUCUGCGCUCGGUCAGUCUGGAAAGGCCCCAACAUCGUCGCCCUACCGAUAGUACAGAAGAAGGCAGGCGAACGUGUACCACCAAUCAAGACACAAGCCCGCUCAGCGACGAUAUUACCCAACUUUGUCGGCCUGAAGUUCCAGAUACACAAUGGCAAGAGCUACUCGGACCUUACCAUAACAGAGGAUAUGGUCGGGCACAAGCUCGGAGAAUUUGCGCCAACACGGAAGCAGUUCACAUACAAGCAAACGAAAAACAAAUGAGGAGGGUCUGCACGCGCAUGGAACGGGAGUUUGGGUAUCGAUUUGGGUUAUCUAGAAGCCACUCUGUACUGCUAUUGUACAAAUAUGAUGAGCCCUGUAGUGGGUAAAUAUCCUGAUAUCCUGAUAGAGAGAGAGAAAGCCCUUGCGCC